UCCUGCAAGCAACUGGUUGUUACUUGCUGGCCUAGUACACCUGAUAAGCUGACUGAUGGAGAAGCUACAAGCUUUGCGAGAUUGGUUUUGGGACGAAAAGUUUUGGCUCAUGAGCAAUGCAACAUGGCAGGACUUCGAAAACCCGCCUCCUGGCGUUUACUACCCAUUAGAGAGACACAUUUUUCUUCCUAGUAUUGUUCUGGGAGUUCUUCUAAUCGGAAUACGACUUGCGUAUGAAAGGAUAUUGGUGGUCCCGUUUGCCCAGCACAUGGGCCUGACCUUCAAGAAAACUUACCGUGUAGAGAAGGAACCCCGACUCUGGAGGCUGUGUAUUUUGAAUAAGUUAAUCAUAACGAGCUGGUACAGUGAACGCGUGACAUUUGAAAGGGAAUUAUCCAAGAAGACAAGUCUGACUGAACGACAGAUACAGAGAUGGUUCCGACACAGACGAAGUCAGGAAAUGCCUGGGAGGAUGAAAAAGUUCCGGGAAUGCAGCUGGCAUUUCCUGUUUUAUUCCUCAAGCUUCUUUUCUGGGUUGUAUGUCCUGUGGGAUAAACAGUACCUGUGGGAUAGUAAACAUUGCUGGAUCGACUAUCGACACCAGCAUGUGCCAAACGACGUUUUCUGGUUCUAUACCAUAGAGCUGGCAUUUUACUGGAAUCUUGUAUUUAUGGUACUCUCCGACCACAAGAGGAAGGAUUCCAAUCAGAUGUUUCUACACCAUGUUGUUACCAUCUCUCUCAUCUACUUCUCGUUUGCGUCCAACAUGAUACGUAUCGGCAUGCUGGUCCUGGUUGUCCAUGAUUCCGUCGACCUCUGGAUGGCUGGUGCCAAGAUGGCAAAUUAUCUGAAGAAAGAAACAUUAACAGAUACAAUGUUUGGAGUGUUUUUUAUUGUCUGGCUAUAUACAAGACUGUACGUCUAUCCAUUUAGGGUAGUGUGGUCGGCCUCCAUUCAGUCUCUGCAUUAUAACCCAAUUUGGCCGGCCUAUUGGCUCCUGAACGGUCUACUCUGGGUUCUACAGGUGCUUCACAUUAUAUGGACAGUCAUGAUCCUUCGCAUCUUUGUCAACAAAUUUACAGGCGAGAAAAAGAUUAAAGACGUUAGGAGUGACACGGAGGAAUCUACAGGCGGAGAGGAAAUAGAAAAUAAAUACGAAGAAAUCAAUACUAAUGGUUCGCCAUCAAUGAGAAAUCCACGACCUUCAGGCAUCAGGAAAAAGUGCAAGGCAUAAAGGCUGGUUGAUAGGGUCACGAAAAAUCUGCUCCAGCUUCAUCAUAUUUCACUACGAAAUUCCGUCCAAGACAUUCUGCUGUGCUAAAGCUGAAGCAAUUUUAAAGAAAACCAGGAAGGUUGAAUAUCAUAAAGAUUCACAGUACAUUGUCAUAGUAUAGCCAUAAAUAUAGAUUUUGUAGUGAUUUGCUCAAUUUUGAAACCUGAAAAUCAUUGUCUAACGUUAAUCCUGACUCUUCUGUGGUAGCUUUUCUGAUUACAAAUCAGAUCAAGAAAUAUAGAAUCUGAUCCCAGGCAAGAUUGAGAUUUGAAUCUAGGAAAUUUCUAUUUUUAAAAGAUGCAUAUUUUAUGUAGAGUAGCCGAAUCCACUUCUCCACAGAGUAGCCGAGUUGACUUGUACACUGCUUGCCACCUCAAUGUACAUACAUGUAGAUUAUAAUGUAGAUGAAAAAAAAAACUGUUCAUCUGUUUACAAUCUUGUACACUUAACACUAUACAGUGUACACCUAUAUACAUUCCUCUGGUCAUUGUCCGAUAAAGGUGACAGAUUUUAAUCACCGAAACGUCAUGCACAUAAAUCCUUCCCUGGUUGUGAUAGACCAAAGUCUAUUCAAUGCUAUACCUAUAUAAAAGAACAUCUUUCAUAACUUGGGGCCAUGGUGUCCGAGUGGUUAAGGUAUCCCGACACUUUAUCACUAGCCCUCCACCACUGGGUUGCGAGUUCCAAACCCACGUGGGGCAGUUG